AUGUUUCCUAUAGACAGGAGCCUUCUCCCGUCUCUAACCACACGUAGAGCCCUGAUCGUGGUUGAUCCCCAGAACGACUUUCUGGCUGAAGAUGGCGCCCUACCCAUGAAGAUGCCCCCGGAUCUCCCAGAGCGGAUAGCAAAUCUCGCAACCUCGCUACGACAGGGCGGCGACGAUAUCAUCUGGGUAUGUAGUAGAUUCGAGAAAUCGCGCUCUUCUCUGGAGGAACAAAUUCUACCGUCGGAUCGGUCGAGCUACUCCCGAUCCCCAGACGUCUCCCGAGGUCGUCGAAAGCAGACGCCGCCGCAAACGAACCAGCAACUCGAGUCGCCGGAAGCGUUCCUAGCUCAGGAAUCUCCAGGCCAACCAAAAUGCGUACGGCCAGGUACCUCCGGGGCGGAGAUACACCCGACUAUUAAAGGGGCUGUCGGACCUAGGGAUUUUUCGAUAGUGAAGUCGCAUUACUCGGCUUUUAGGUCAGAGCACCUACUUCGCUUAUUACGCAUGAGGCUCGUCACGGAGCUCUUCAUAUGCGGCUCUGUAACUAAUAUAAGCGUUAUGGCGACCGCUAUCGACGCCGCGAGCCACGGAUACACGAUUACACUAGUCAACGACUGCUGCGGUUACAACGCCAUCGCGCAACAUCGUAACUCCCUCAAGCAGAUUUCUAACAUGACGGGCUGUGAGGUCUUGCUCGCGGGACAAAUAGUGGCGUCCCUAAAGCCGAAGCCGAAGAGCUCUAGAAGGCCAGGCGAUAGGCCGGCAACUUCUCCAGCGGGCGGAUACUCUACAGUACGUCGUGCCGGGGAAGAGGAUAAUUAUGCUGCGUCCUCGGCCUCAGAUCUAUUAUCUUCGUUUGAAAACCUGUCGCUAAACUCUCAGCGCGCAGCCGAUGUUAUUCCCCGCCUCCAGCAAAACUCGGACGACCAUGACUCACAAACAUGUGGUCAUACCGAUCAUAUCUCUCAAAUCUCACCGCGGGACGAUAAAGCCUCUGUUACUCCACAAGAUUCAGAAACGUCGCAUCAACCAGACAAAAAGGAUAAACCAAGUGUUUCCGAUUCGGUUAGAUUAAAAAGCGACGAAUCCACCUCACCAGCAGAAGAGAGCGAUUCUAAUAAGCCUUCUCCUAUAGAAAAUACGACAAACUCAUCAGGAGCUGUGAGUGAGCCGUCAAACAACGAGAAGCACAUAGCACGUAUCGAACGUCCAUUGGAAGGUUCGAACACUAAAGUUGACCAAAGUAGGACAAUGGCGUCAGAAGUAAAGCCGAGGGAGUGCGAGCCUCUAUGUGAAGGUGAUACUAAAGUCGUAUACGACGUGCUACCACACCCGCUAUCGGAAAAUAUCUUUCAGAAGGUGAGAGAUGAGGUUCGGUGGCAAAGCAUGUCUCACCAGGGCGGCGAGGUGCCAAGACUCGUCGCCGUCCAAGGAGAAGUAGAAGAGGAUGGCAGUAUGCCUAUCUAUCGCCAUCCGUCGGACGAAUCGCCCCCUUUAUUACCAUUUUCACCUACGGUACUCGAGAUUAAAAAAGUUAUCGAGAAGCAAUUGGGACAUCCCUUAAAUCACGUACUAAUACAAUUUUACCGCCACGGUAACGACUAUAUCUCGGAGCAUAGCGAUAAGACGCUGGAUAUCGCCAAAGGCAGCUAUAUCGCUAAUGUUAGUCUCGGGGCCGAACGAGUUAUGGUGUUACGAACGAAGCGACAACCAAAACAUAAGAAUUCGGUAGACGGAGCAGAGCUUUCAUCUCCAGAGACUAAGGAGACUAAACGUCAGAUCCAACGAGCGCCUCUACCUCAUAAUUCGCUUUUUCAGAUGGGAUUACAGACGAAUAUGCGAUGGCUUCACGGUAUCCGACAGGAUAAGAGGUUGGAUCGCGAAAAAACCCAAGAGGAAUUAGCUUACGACGGUGGUCGCAUCUCAUUGACGUUCAGGAGGAUAGGAACCUUCCUGGAUGGUGAAAAUAAGCUAAUUUGGGGGCAAGGAGCUACUUCGAAGACGAGGGAGCACGCGAAACCUGUGAUCAACGGACAGACGCCCGAAGCUAUCCGGAUGUUACAGUGUUUCGGGCGCGAGAAUCAGUCGACAGAAUUUAAUUGGGACGAGUAUUACGGUGCGGGAUUUGAUGUUUUGCACCUCACCGCCGCGGCCCGACUAUUCUUGUCGCCGGAUCCGCUGGUUAACAUGCGCGUUCAACUAAUGUUGGCCGAGUAUGGAAUUGGUUAUGCGAGAGGUAGUAUGUCGUCCUAUCACAGCGGAGAAGAUGGCAAACCUAGCGGGAAUCCUCCCAUUAAAUUUGUCGAUAACGACUCCUCGAAGACGGCUGUUCAUGGAGAAUUCGAAAUUAUGGAAUAUCUCCAACGCCAAUACGGCCCUGAAAAUAAGGACACAGCACGGAAUACUCAAGAAGAGGCGAAUCGCUACCAGGAAGCACGUACCUUGUUAGGAAAGCAAGAAUUGCCAAAGGAGGACCUGGAUACGUGGGAUAAUUACGCAGCGGAAGGUAACGACUUCAUCGCUGGAAAUACUAUGACCCUUGCCGACUUUGUAUUCUGGCCCAUCCUUCACGAGGCGGUUGGAACACGAGGACAAGACGUGUUCGAGCAAGAUGGAUGCGUAUACGAGAAUUUGAAGAAGUACUACGAGCGCCUUGAGAUGCGCGACUCGGUGACAAAGGUACUAGCCGUGAGCAGAUAA